CAUGUCGCUAAAAUAUUUUCUUGUAUUUCUUAAAAUUAUCAGUGCAUUAGCUGACGAUAGUUAUAUUUCCAAAAUUGACACCUAUUACUCAAAUACAAUAAUAAAAAGUGAAUCAAUUGAGAGUACAAACUACAAUGGAGGAUGUAUAGAACAUCCACCGGCUCCCAUUUAUGGAACAAUUGAAUGUUCAACUAUCAAAGGUUGUCGAGCAAACUGCAAUCCAAACUAUCAAUUCCCGAAUGGAGAAACUCAGCUUAUUGUAACGUGCCAUCAGAAUGAAUGGCAAAUUAUUGGUACUGAGUGGAACACUAUACCUCAUUGCGAGCCUAUUUGCUUACCUCAAUGUUACAAUAAUGGAAUUUGCGUUGCUCCAAAUGAAUGUCGGUGUCCGGAAAAUUUUUCUGGUCCUCAGUGCCAAUAUGAAAUAAAGCCUUGCUUGAAUCUUCCAGCGCCUGUACUCGGUGCGCGUAGGCACUGUAAUUCCAAAACUUGUACGAUUACAUGUAUGAAUAAUUUCACUUUUCCCGAUGGUUCAUCAAUUACUAAUUUAAUUUGCCGGGAUGGAAAUUGGAUACCUACAAGGACUGAAUGGGUUUCUAUUCCCGAUUGUAAACCUACUUGCUCACCAGCAUGUGAAAACGGCGGUAUUUGUUUAACUUUGAAUACUUGUCAAUGCCCACAAGAUUUCCGUGGACCUCAAUGCCAAUAUUCGGCGGAUGCUUGUACGCCACAGAAACUCGGUUUCAAUGGCGGAUAUCAUUGUCGUGGUGAAGCUGAUUACUUUGCUUGUACACUAAAUUGUCCAGAAGAGGUUGAAUUUUCAUUUGCUCCGGCUGCUGAGUAUAUUUGUACUUAUGAAAAAGGUGUAUUCGAGCCUCAACCAAUACCUCAGUGUAAAAAUGGCCCAGAUUACCAGAUUGUUCCAAUUGGAAGUAGUAAGAAUUCAUUUUUUAAAAUCACUAAUCAUUCAUGGAUUAUUGAAGAUACAUCUAUGUCACACUCAUCUUAUCGCAAUGAACUAAGAAAUUUUAUGAAUUUUGAAGGUAAUGGAAAGUUGACAAUGAAAACAAAAGGCGUAAAAACUGGUCAUGUUUCAAUAGAAUCUAUAAAUAAAAAAUAUGAGGAUGAAAUUUCUCAUACUCACUCUACAAUAGACCAAAACUCUUUAGUAAUUGAAGAAAAAAAACCAGAAUCAAAAACUUGUUUCUCAUGGGGAGGAGUUCAUUAUAAAACAUUCGAUGGUGCAAUUUACAGUUUUGAAAGUAAUUGCGCACAUACAUUGAUCCAAGAAACUCAAUAUGGAUCAUUUACAAUAACUAUACAGAACCAUCCUGAUUGUUAUAACAGAGGCACCUGUUCAAGAAUCAUUAGAUUCUUUUUACAAGGAAAAGAGUUCAUUUUACUUUUAAAUGAAGAUGGUUUACCAACUUUUCGGACGGUUAAAAAAGUUCUACCGAUUCCGGCGCAAUUAUCUGGCGUAAGAGUAGAAAUGUCUGCGCAUUUUGUCAUUGUAAACUUAGACACUGUGGGUGCAAGUUUAAAAUGGGACGGUGGUCUCUUUGUUCAAGUUAAAGCUUCAGAAUCUUUAUGGAAUAAAACAGCUGGCUUGUGCGGUAGAAUGAAUGGAUAUCCUGAAGAUGAUAAAACUGGAAAAGAUUACAGUCAUUCGAAAAAUACUGCCGCGUUUGCUUCCACUUGGAAAGUUUUGAAUAUCGGUGAGAGUUGUGAUGAAAACCCGCGAACACAACACUCUUGUGACUUAGCUUAUGACCUAACUAUGGAAGCUGAAGAGUUUUGCGCUACAUUAUUCUCAGAUGCCAGAUUCCAAGCCUGUUCUAAAAUAGUUGAUUUAGCAAAACUUCAGAGUACAUGUCAGUGGGAUUACUGUGCUUGUAAGAAAAAUGAUAAGAAGCAAUGUGCUUGUGACACAAUGAGCGUUUAUAUUCGACAGUGUUUCCAUGAUCAUGUUAUUGAUUCAGUAGCGUGGCGACGUGAAGAAACUUGUCCAAUGACGUGUACUGGAGGUAAAGUGUAUAAGUCUUGCGGACCGAAAUCGCAACCGACUUGCAGUAAUGACAUUGUAGAACACAAAGAGAACAAUGAGUGUGAGGAAGGAUGUUUCUGUCCUGAAGGAACUGUUUUACUUGAAGGAAAAUGUAUAUCUGUCGAAGAAUGUCCUUGUACACUACGUGGAAAAUUCUUUCCUCCCGGAACAACUAUUCCAAAAGAAUGUAAUACCUGUACUUGUUCUGCUGGCAAAUGGAUUUGUACAUCUGUAACGUGUUCAGCGAGAUGUUCCGCCGUUGGUGAUCCUCACUAUGUUACUUUCGAUGGAAAGCACUACGAUUUUAUGGGACAAUGUAAUUAUUAUCUUCUUAAAGGUGACAAUUACAGUAUUGAAACGGAAAAUAUUGCAUGUGCUGGCGCUAUUUCCGAGGCAAUGGGACUUUCACGAUCUUCAAUGGAUGAAACAUCAUGUACUAAAUCUGUAACGAUUCGUUGGAAUGAAAUUUUGAUUAAACUAAAACAAAAUAAUCAGGUAUUAAUCAACGGAGAAGACGUAACAAAACUUCCUGUAAUGUUAUCUGGAGUAAAAAUAAAAAUUGCAAGUAGCAUUUUCAUUGUUGUCAAUGUACCAAAUGGCUUAGAAAUAUGGUGGGAUGGAAUAUCCCGAGUAUAUGUCAACGCUCCUGCAGAUUUUCGCGGAAAGACAAAAGGUCUCUGUGGAACUUUUACGGCUAAUCAAAAAGAUGAUUUUCUAACUCCGAUUGGUGACGUAGAAGACUCAGUAAUUCCCUUUGCGAAUAAAUGGAAAACCAGUGAGCAGUGUACUGACAUUCCAAUGAAAGAUUUUCGACAUCCUUGUGACAUAAAUCCGGAAAGACUGACGACCGCGGAAAAACAUUGUUCAAAAUUAUUGAGCGAUCUUUUCUCAACCUGUCACUGGCAUGUUGACCCUAAUUUAUUCUACGAAGACUGCAAGUAUGAUAUGUGCGCAUGUGAAGCUGAAAUUGAAAGAUGUUUAUGUCCAACUCUUUCGGCAUAUGCAAAAGAAUGCGCUGUAGCUGGCGUUAACAUACUCUGGCGUACGGAAAUUGAAGAGUGUCAAUUGCACUGUCCAGCUGGUCAAGAAUAUCAAAUUUGUGGCAACAGUUGUACGCGAUCUUGUAGUGACAUAUCCUUUGACCAAGAUUGUCGUCAAGAGUGCGUAGAAGGCUGCAAUUGUCCAGAAGGACAAACUUUAAACGCACUAGGUCAAUGUAUUCCUAUCGGAGAAUGUCCAUGUCAGUACAACGGAAUGGAAUUCAACGCCGGAUAUCAAGAAGUUCGCCCAGGAAGACAAGGCCAAGACUUGUGUACUUGUGCUAGAGGAAAUUGGGCUUGUCAAUUAGCAACUACUGAAGACAUAGAAAAAUAUCCAGCGACGAUUGAUUUAAAAACAGUCUGCACUGCUAGUAAAAAUCUUGAAGUCACUACUUGUGAGCCAGCUGAACCACGAACUUGUCGAAAUAUGCAUGAACCAAUCAAGCAGACUCCUGCUAUUUGUCAUGCUGGAUGCACUUGCAAAAGUGGUUACGUUUUGGAUUCUUCAAACGGAGUUUGCGUAGAAGAAGAAAAAUGCCCUUGUUACCAUGGCAGCAAAAGUUACAAAGAAGGCUCUGUAAUGCAAGAAGACUGCAAUACUUGCAAAUGUGAGAAAGGUGCUUGGAAAUGCAGUGAUCGAAUUUGUCCAGGAGUAUGCUCAGCAUGGGGUGAUUCACAUUUUAAAACAUUUGACGACAAAACUUAUGACUUCCAAGGGGUUUGUGACUACGUUUUCACAAAAGCGAGUUUUGGUAAGGACGAAAUGUUUGAAAUUUCACUGCAAAACGUUCCUUGUGGAAGUACUGGCGUUUCAUGCUCUAAAUCUGUAACACUUAAAGUCGGAAAUGGUAACAACCAGGAAAUAAUUACAUUAACACGAGAUAAAUCUAUUCCCAAUGAUUCUUUCAAUAGAUUAGCGAUUCGUCACGCUGGUUUGUUUGUCUUUGUAGACGUACCUGACUUGGGAUUAGUAUUACAAUGGGACAAAGGAACACGGGUGUACGUUAAAUUGGACCCUAAGUGGAAAGGUAGAACCAAAGGUCUUUGUGGAGAUUAUAACAACAAUAGUGAAGAUGAUUUUAAAACUCCUUCUGGUGGAAUAUCUGAAGUCUCGGCUGGUAUUUUUGCCAACUCUUGGAAGAAAGACAACUACUGUCCGGAACCAAAAGAUAUUACAGAUACUUGCGAUAGACAUCCUGAACGCAAGCUUUGGGCGAUUCAAAAAUGCGGAGUGUUGAAGAGUUCUAUAUUCCAGCCUUGUCAUUCUGAAGUUGAUAUUGAGCCGUUUGUUCAACGCUGCAUCUUUGACACAUGUGGCUGCGACGGAGGCGGGGACUGCGAAUGUUUGUGUACAGCUUUAGCGGCGUAUGCUCAAGAAUGCAACAGAAAGUCUAUUCCUAUAAAAUGGCGAUCUCAAGAUCUAUGUCCUAUGCAAUGCGAUGAAAGCUGCAGUUCAUACUCUCCUUGUUUAUCAACUUGUCCCCAAGAAACGUGCGACAGUUUAACUUUUACCAACGUAUCCAAGUUGUGCGUUGAAGAUACUUGUGUCGAAGGAUGUCUCACUAAAUCUUGUCCAGAAGGCGAAGUUUACCGGAAUAGCACUCUUAAAGAAUGCGUUCCAAAAGCUAUAUGUAAACCGCUUUGUUUAGAAAUUGAAGGAGUUAUUUAUUAUGAGGGUGAUAAAGUCAGUAGUGAUGCAUGUCAAACAUGCUUUUGCAGCCGGGGAAAAAUUAUCUGCAAUGGCGCUCCCUGUGUUUCUUCAACGAUUGAACCUUCUACUGUUCCAAUGGAACAAUCAGAAAAGUGUAUUGAUGGUUGGACUGCCUGGAUAAAUACGUAUACGCCAAAGAAAACUGCAACUGCUGCUAUAAAAGGCAAUAAAUCAAAACCGGCUGUUGACACUGAACCUCUACCGUCAAUGAUAACUCUUCUUGGAGUAAACUCCACUCGUUGUUCCAAGGAACACAUGAUUGACAUCAGAUGUAGAACUGUAAAUGGGCAUAAAACACCCAAAGAAACUGGAUUGAAUGUUGAAUGCAGUUUAGAGCGCGGUCUUUAUUGUCAGUCGGAAGAUAAGGUACCUUGCGAAGAUUUUGAAAUCAGCGUUUUGUGUCGAUGCAGUGAAGAGACAACAGCUACUCCUAAAUUAUCUAGUACAACUGGUAGCACCUUGAUGACUGAAGACUGCGAUGUAAAUCAUCCAAAUCAGGCGCAUCCUUCUGAUUGUCAUGAAUUCUAUCAAUGUUUACCGAGCGGUCACUUGGUGAAGAAAACAUGUGGAGUUGAUAUGAUGUACAACCCAGUGAUGCAGAUAUGCGAUUGGCCGUAUAAUGUAAUGAAGUUACGUCCAGAUUGCGGUCAAAUUACGACAAAAAGUCCUCAGUGCAAAGAGGGUGAGCGGUGGGACGAAUGUGCUAUUCAAUGUAGCAAAACUUGUGAGCAUUACAGAUACAUUUUGACUGAGAAAAAUCUUUGCUCAGAUAACAAAGAAUGCAUUCCUGGGUGUGUAAACGACAAAGAUAUUUGUCCUCCGCACAAAUAUUGGCGAGACUCUCAUAGUUGUGUUGAAGAAGCUGAUUGUCCGUGUAAAAGUCACGACGGAAAAGUGGUGAAACCUGGAGCGGUUAUUGCUGAGUCUGAAUGCGAACGCUGUCAAUGCUUGCGGAAUUAUUACACCUGUGAUAAAUCUUAUUGUACUACAACACCACCGCCUUUGCCAACUUCGCCGACAACUCAAGCUGCGACUACUAUUGAAGAUCAUACAAUCAUUACAGUCAAUACUGUUUCGCCAGCGGAGCCGUGUGUCAGUAAACAGUACAGAAGUUUAUUAGACACGCAUAAAAUUAACGAACAAGUUAUAUUUAACGCUAGUAGUAUCGCAGGGAUUCAUUAUAAACCUGAGUUUGCUAAAUUAAAGUCAUCACAUAUAAAAUCAGUUGCUUUUAAAAGUUGGCAACCAGAAUUCAUAGAUUCUGAGCAAUGGAUUGAGAUUAAAUUUCCGAGACUUGAACCUAUUUAUGGGAUUGUAAUGCAAGGAAAUCCAGGUGAAAAUAAAUACGUGACUAGUUAUAAAGUUUUGUUCUCUCAAAAUGGUGAAACGUUCUCUUUUAUACAAAAUCAAAAUAAACCACAAAUAUUCCAAGGGCCGAUAGAUUCAUCGACUCCAGUCAAACAAUUUUUCUCAGAACCUAUCGAAGCUAAAAUUAUUCGAAUCAAUCCUCAGACCUGGCACCACGGUAUCGCUAUAAGACUUGAUCUGUUAGGUUGCCAAGAUCAUGUAACCACUCAGACAACUUAUGAAACAACUGUUGCAUCUACAAAAUUAUAUGAGACGAUUCCAACUACAGUUUCUCCAAUUGUUGAAGAAAUAAUAAAUAACCCGGUUUGUGAUGACGCUAUGGGGCUGGAUAGUGGGAUUAUGGUUGAAGAGCAAGUAAUCGCUUCUUCGACUCUUGAUAAUCUUAUUCCGAAUAUCCGACUUUCAUCACCAGGAAUAUGGCAAGCCGCACUAGAUAAUCCAAAUCAAUUUGUACAGUUUGACUUUUUGGAUAAUCGUAAUCUCACUGGAGUGGAAACAAAAGGGGCAGAUAAUAUUUGGACAACUGCUUAUAAAGUAUUUUACAGUGACAAUGAACGUCAAUGGUUGCCUGUUUUGAAUUCUAAGGGUACAGAUAAAAUAUUCCUGGGUAAUUUUGAUGAUCAGUCAACGAAGAUAAAUUAUUUUGAAAAACCUAUUCGUUCACGGUACCUGAAAAUCCAGCCUAUUAAGUGGCAUGAACAUGUAGGACUCAAAGCAGAAAUUCAUGGCUGUUAUGAACCUUAUGAUGAUAAAAAAGUUAUUUCACUUCCUAUUAAAAAACUUGAGUCAAAAUGCAACGUGUGUCAUUCAAUGUUUGAAAAUCUAGCAGAACUGGAUUGCAAAUGUAAUGGAUCACUUUGGUGGAACGGAGAGACAUGCGUUGAAAAACAAUUAUGUCCGUGUGUUGUUGAGCAUCUACCGUACUCAGUUGGCAGUACUUUUGAAACAAGUGAUUGUCAGAAAUGCUUAUGUGCAAUGGGCGGAGUACCUGAUUGUCAACCAAAAAUAUGCGAACCUUGUGAUGAACCAAACAUGCGAUCAAUUGUCACAGAACUGUGUGGGUGUGUUUGCAGACCAUGUCCAGAUGAUAUGGUACUUUGUCCUACAAGUAAAAUUUGUAUUAAAAAAUCAUCUUGGUGUGAUGGUGUCAAAGACUGUUUGGACGAUGAAACAAAUUGCAAAGGAAAAUUGCCUGAUCCGACCAGUACACAUACAUCCCAAACACAAACUGAAGUGAAUUAUACUACUAUAGAGAUAAAGAAAGUUACUAAAUUGCAGUGUGAAAAACCAGUUUGUCCAGAGGGAUAUAAACUUGCUUCUUUGAAGAAACCAUCACCAACUAAAAGUACAUAUUCUCCAAUCAAGGGAGGUGUUAAAGGAAGAAUUACAGGAGGAAUUAAGGGUGGUGUGAAGGGCGGUGCAGGCAGACAAAGACCAAUAAAAGAACCAAGAAAAAAUGAUUCUCUCAAAUUUAACGACUCGAAAUCAAUUGAAAUGGAGUGCGAACAAUUUUCUUGCAAACCUACUCGACCACCUCCAAUAUUUGACAAAGAAAUACAAGAAGUACCAUGUCCAAAAGUUGAAUGUCCAUCUAAUUAUCGUGUUAUUUAUGAACCUUUGAGUAUGUAUACACCAGUUGCAUGUCCAAAAUACAUUUGUAAACCACCACCUCCAGUUGAAGUUGUUUGCAAUGUUACGGGAAGAACAUUUAAUACAUUCGAUAAUUUAGAAUACAAAUACGACAUUUGUAAUCAUAUUUUGGCGAGAGAAAUGUAUCAGAAUAACUGGUUCAUUACUUUGGAAAAACAUUGUGAUAAACGUAAUCAACCUUGUAUACAAGUUCUUGUAAUAAAUGUAGACAGCAAUACGAUUCUCUUGUAUCCAGAUAUGCAUGUUGAUAUUGAUCAAUAUACAUUCACACCUAAGCAAGUGAAUCGCCUUCACGAUCGAAGGGGAACAUUUAAAAUAUCUCGCAUUGGUAAUAUAAUACACUUCAUAUCUACCAAGUAUGGAUUUUGGGUGAUAUGGGACCAAAAUUCAAAUAUAAAAAUUGGAAUUACAACAAUGUUGGCUCAUCACGUCGACGGAUUGUGUGGUUUCUUUGAUGGACUUAUGAAAAAUGAUCGUCAGAAGCCUGAUGGCAGUCAAGCUAUUUCUUCAAAAGAUUUCGGAGACAGCUGGGUGAUGGACGGUACUCCGGAAUGUGAGCACCAAAAUUGUCCACGUUACGUUUUAGAACAAGCGAGAAGUAUUUGUAAUUCUGUCACUGACCGAUCUUUCGCCGUUUGUAAAAAUGUUAUAGCAGUUGAUAAAUGGAUUUCCCGUUGCUUGGAGUCAACGUGUAUGUGUAUCAACGGAAAUAUGACAUCCGAAGAGUGUCGAUGCCGAGCACUUAAUUCAUUUGCCUCUGAAUGUCAAGCAGCGGAUACUAACAUUGAUCUAUCAACAUGGAGAAACAUUCACAAUUGUGUAAUUAAUUGUCCAGCACCUUUCGUUUACAAAGAUUGUUUCCGCAAUAAGUGUGAAACAAGUUGUGACAACUUACAAGAAAUUGAGCCAUGUCCUCUGAUGGAAGGUGUCUGUUUUUCAGGAUGCUUCUGUCCUGAUGGUACUGUACGUAAGGGCGACAUUUGUAUUCCUCCUAGUGAAUGUCGCGAUUGUGUUUGUAAUGGCUUCGGUAAUGCUAAUUUUGUUAAUUUCAACAAAAAGAACUUCACUUUUACUGGUAACUGUACUUACGUUCUCUCGCAAGAUAUUUCUAAAAGUAACAACGAAAUAGGACCAGGAGAUCACACUUAUGGAAUUUUAAUGACUAAUGUUCCGUGUGAUCGAGGAGUUUGUACUGAAUCAUUGUCUGUAUUUUAUAAAGGCCACUACGUACAAAUUGAACAAAUGUUACACUCUAAAGAUUUUAUACUGACAGUAGAUGGUGAAGCAAUCGAGAGUUUGCCGUAUAAAAAUUCGUGGAUGAGUUUCGAAAGAGUUGGUAACUACGAUGUUGCAUUUUUAAUUUCUGCAAUUCAACUUGGAAUUACUAGUUACAGAAAUAAUUUUGCUUUUACAAUAACACUACCUUCACACAUAUUUGGCGGUGCUACUGAGGGUCUCUGUGGUAAUUGUAAUUUAAAUGAUGAAGAAGACUUUAAAAAAGCUAAUGGUGAGUACACCAAUAAUAUAGAUGAAUUUGGAUCAAGUUGGCUGGCAGUUGGAAUUCCGCAUGCAAGAUUUUUAUCUGCUGAAGACUGUACGAGUCAGCCGAUUAAAAAGUGUACUCCACCUCCGGCGAAUAAUGAUCCAUGUGCAAUUAUGGUAAAUCCUGAAUUAUUUGGUCAGUGUCACAGUUUAGUCGAUCCAACACCGUUUAUUCAUUCUUGUUAUGACACUCAUUGUGAGAAUGGCAAUGUUUGUGGAGAUAUAGAAGCAUACGCGAGAAGCUGCCGAGAUGUCGGACUUUGCCCGAGUUGGAGAACAAAUGACAUCUGUCCGUACUCGUGUCCAAUGCAUUUGGAGUACCAGGCAUGCGGACCAAGUUGUUUAGAAACUUGUGAAACUCUCAACGACGUUAAUACCAGACAAUGCUCUCAAGAAAUAACCGAAGGCUGUUUCUGUCCUAAAAAUCAUGUUCUUCAUAAUGAUACUUGUGUUCCAGAGAAGCUAUGUUUCAUUUGUGAUAAUGAAGGUCAUGUAGAAGGCGAUGUCUGGCAUCCUGAUAAAUGUACUACGUGUUCAUGCAAGAAUAAAGUUGUCAACUGCCAGACUACCGAAUGCCCGGUGUUGGAAACUAUUUGUCAAGAUAAUUACACUCCAGUAGAAGUACCUGGGCAUGAUGGCGAAUGUUGCUUGAAAUAUUUAUGUGUUCCAGUACCAACAAUACCACCAACUUGUGUAGAGCCGCAACAAUUAGAAUGUGGCUACGGACAAGUUAUGAAAUUAAUUACUGACCCUGAUGGAUGUCAGAAAAUUAUUUGUCAGUGUAUGACCCCGGAGGAAUGUAUUUCAUUAAUCGGUACAGUAUCACCAGAAGUUGAAAAAGAAAAUAUUCAACCAGGUUUCGUUCAAGAAAUGGAUACGUCGGGAUGUUGUCCUAGACCAGUACUAGCUUGUAAACUAGAAACUUGUCCGGCACCUAAGAAUUGUUCAAGAUAUUACAACAGUAUUAAAUUAAAAGAAGCUCCAGGAGCUUGUUGUCCCACUUAUGAGUGCGAACCACCAAAAGAUCUAUGUCUUUAUAAUGCAGUAAAUAGUAACGACGUUACAAGUGAGAAUCUCGUUGCGAAAAAAGUAGGAGAAACAUGGAAAGAUGGGCCAUGUGUUUCUUGCGUUUGUGAAAAAUCUUCUGAUGAACUUCCUAAACCUUCAUGCUUGACAACAGAGUGUCCUGAUAUUCAUUCAAACCCAGAUUUUAACGAUUUUGUACUAGAAGAAAAAGUUUUGAUUGAUCAAUGUUGUCCUCGUGUUGAACGAGUCGCUUGCAGAAAUCACGACAUUAUUUAUAAUGUUGGACAAGAAUGGUAUCUGAAUCCAAGUGACACAUGUGUGAUUGUCAAGUGCGAAAAUACAACUACUGGAGUUCGCAAGACGACUAUUAAUCAGGAGUGUAAUACUGCUUGCGAUAAGGGGUAUGAGUAUAAUCCUUCUAAAGACAAAGGAGUUAAAUGUUGCGGUGAAUGCGUCGCUGUUACUUGUGUAGUAAAUGGAACUCUUAAAAAUAUUGGAGAGCAAUGGUAUUCUGAAGACUUUUGCACAAAUUACGAGUGCAUAUCUGAUAAUGGAGAUUUGAGAGUAAAAGAACUUACUACGCAGUGUGAAAUUCUCAAUUCACAAGAAGAAGAACUUUAUGAGAUUGAAGUUGAAAAAAUUUUUGGACAAUGUUGUCCGAAGUACACCCGCACGGGCUGUCGAUCUGAUGGAAAGGUUUAUAGACCCAGUAGUACAUGGAAAAACUCGGCCGAUAGUUGUAUAACAGAAAGUUGUGCAGUGGGUGCGGAAAAAAUUGAACUACAACGUACUGUCCAGAAUUGUAACACAAGUUGUGAAUUCGGAUGGGAAUAUCAGAGUCCAGAAGAAGGACAAUGUUGCGGAAGGUGUAUUCCGUCAUUUUGCGUGGUUGACGGUAUUUUAUACAAUCCUGAUUCAGUUUGGUAUUCUGAGGAUAAUUGCACUACAUACGAAUGCCAAUUUAAUGAGGGCCAGAUGGUCAUCAGUACGAGCUCUCGUGUUUGUCCAGAUGUAUCUAAAUGUCCAUUGAAAGACAUUUAUAAUGAUGGUUGCUGUAAUGCAUGCAACAUGACAACUCUGGAUUUACAAAAGACCUGUAUGGCUGAAGUUCUCGAGUUGGAUACGACAAUAGGUAUUAUCUCUGAGAAACGAGGAAAACAUGGCAUCUGUCGUAAUGUUGCUCCAAUCGAUGGAUUAACAGAGUGUCACGGUAUUUGUGAAUCAUCCACCCACUACAAUCCUGUGAGCUGGGUCCAAGAAACAAAUUGUCAAUGCUGUCAACCGAUUGAAUUAAAGGAAUUAAUUGUUAAUAUUGUAUGUGAAGAUGGAAAAUUAUUUUUGAAACGCAUUCAAGUGCCAACUGCAUGUGCUUGUAACGGUUGUAAAGCGAUGAAACAUAUAAAAGGUCAUAAGCCUGGUGUCAAAGGAUAAUAAUUUUUAUAAAUCUUAAAUUAGUUUUUGUGUGGUUGUUAUUAUUGAGUAUUAUUAUAGAUUUUUGCAAUAUAAUUAAUGCAAUCAAAUGUACAAUUUACAAGACAUUUUUUAUAAUAUUUUAC